UCAGCAAAGGUAUCAGUCAACUUACAGCAUCCACUAAGCCAGCAGCUUGACAAUCGAAUCUUACUUGGACUUUGCAAAUUAUUUAAAGUUACUCCUGGUAAAAAAGAAAAAGAAAAAUAUAAACAUGAAAAUUUUCAUUUUCGCAAUCGCCGCUGUAGCUGUACUCAGCGCCUAUGUAGAGGCAUAUCCACAGCGUGCACGUGCUCAACAUUUGGUCUACUAUCCACCACCCACACGCCAACCACGUCCUAUCUUAGUGCGCGUGGCACGUGAAGUGGGUGUUGGCGGCUCGCUGGCCAGCAAUCCGCGCGGUGGCGCUGAUGCCCGCCUAGAUGUGGCAAAUGCUAUAGGCAACCCAAAUCAUAACCUAAUUGCUAGCGCCUUUGCUGCAGGAAACACUGAUCGUGGUCCAGUGACUACUGGCGGUACAGUGGCUUAUAAUAACAAUGGUUUGGGCGCCGCAAUAUCGAAGACUCACACUCCUGGCGUGCGUGACACUCUCACACAGAGCGUCAAUGCCAAUCUCUUCAAUAACGGUCAACACAGCUUGGAUGCAAAUGCUUUCAAAUCGCAGAAUACCCUGGCCAAUGGUUUCAAGUUCGAUCGCAAUGGUGCUGGUUUGGAGUACUCGCACAUCAAUGGACAUGGCGCCAGUUUGACUAAGAGCAACAUUCCCAACUUCGGCAGCCAAUUGGAAUUGGGUGGUAAAGCAAAUCUCUGGUCAUCACCGGAUCGUAAUACACGCGUCGAUUUAACGGGUGGCGCUUCGAAAUGGACCAGUGGCCCACUGAGUGGACAGCGUGACUACUUUGGUGGUGUGGGUCUUACACACAUGUUUGGUAUGGGAUAGUGUGGAGAAGUUAAUU